AUGGCCACCGGUGAUCAUCGAAAUGACCCAAGGGGUCAGGACACUUUCGACCAGAAAGCUCUUCCCGCAGAUGUCGCUGACGUUGAAAGCGUUGAGAUCCCCAGCACUCAGAACCAGUCCGAGGAGAAGAAGCAAUUUGCCGGACUUGCUGACCUGGAUGGCAUCAAGCGUAGUUGGAGCGUUCAGGGUCUGGUAGUUAUAUGGAUAUCAGCAUUGCUGAUGAGUUUUGCCACCAAUUUGAACAACCAGACAACAAACUCUUUUGCGCCGUAUGCUACGAGUAGCUUUGCUUCUGCUCCACUGUUGGGGACCAUCACCGUGGUACAAGCCGUGGUUUCAUCCGCUUCGUCAAAGACUCUUAGCGUUUACGCUGGUGCUCAAGUAUUCUGGGCUUGUGGUUAUAUAGGGAUCUCUUUGAUGCUUCAGAUCCUCGCGGGUGGUACGUCGCUUGGCAAUUAUCAACCAUUAGAUACCAGCGACCUUCAUAACCGUGCCAUUCUAAACGCAAUACCCCUCACGCCUUCGCUCAUAACAUGCUGGAUUGCAGGACCAGUCGCAACCGGCAUCAUUGAUAUAACAUGGAGAUGGGGUUUUGGGAUCUUUGCAAUUAUUGUUCCUACAAUUGCUAUGCCUCUCCUGGUGUGCCUUUAUCUCAACAAGAGAAAAGGGUUCAAAUUAAGGAAGGCAGAAGGAACUUAUCAGCCUUUGAAUCACAUGAAAAACUUCAUGCAACUCGAUCCAAUCGGCUUGAUUCUCUUCGCCGCGGGGCUCGCUCUUAUACUAAUACCAAUAUCUUUGGCAUCUUCUAAUACACAUACUUGGAAAAGUGCACACACAAUAGUGGAACUGGUGGUUGGUGCUUGCUGUCUAGUUGCCCUCGCCAUAUGGGAGACAAAAUUCGCACGCUGGCCAAUUUUGCCAAUGACUAUUCUCAAGAGCCCCAUGUUGAUUAAUUACGCGGGCCUUUAUCUCCUGCAAAGCUACCUGUUGUACUAUGAAAUGGUUGCGGCUGACUUGUCAGUGAAUGCGGCUACCAACAUAUAUGUUCUUAUCCCAUUUGCGGGGUCUUUAGGCCAAGUCGGAGCGGCUUUUGUGGUUAAAUAUCUCAAAAGCUACAAGUGGGUGGUGGUAACUGGAUACGGAGUCAUAGUACUUGGAAUGGGCUUAACCUACAGAUACGUCAAUGGACAUGGACAUAUGCCCCAACUAGUCAUUUCCCAGUUAAUCCUAGGAAUUGGACAAGGAAUUGUCAUGACCACCCAAUUUGGGGUGCAAGCAUCCGUCACACAAGAAGACAUGGCAGCAGGAACAGCCUUGUACACCACCUCUGUUGGAGUUGGCAAUGCUAUCGGCGCGGCGGCUGCUGGGGGGACUUGGUCAACUCUACUGCCUCGAAAGCUUCGCGCCAAUCUGCCUUCUGAUGCCGUAAGUGCUGCGCCUGAGAUCGAAGGCUCUAUUGAAAUCGCCUUGUCAUAUGCGUGGGGGACGCCAACCCGUGAUGCUAUCAAUGAAUCCUAUACUAGCGUUUUCCGCACAAUGAUACUUGCAGGUUUGGUCCUUAUGGCCAUUGCCCUACUUUGUUCCCUCUUGAUGCAGAAUCACAACAUCGUGGAGGUGGACGAUAGUCGAGAAUAUAAGGGAGUUGUGAUUGGAAAGAUUAGCGCGGUGGAUUCUUUGAAAGAGAAGAUUCACGUCGGUCAGGAUGAGAAACCCAAUCCCACAGCGGGGAACUCUUGA